AUGACUGCCAUCUCGCGCGUGCUCUCCUACGCAGUCAACAAGCCGUAUCGGACCCGCGACCUUCGCGACGAGCCCUCUCCCUAUCUCAACCAAGAUGGAUACGUCGACUUCGCCCCGGGGGACAUCGAGAACCCCCGGAACUGGUCCAUGGCUCGCCGCGUCACCAUCACCAUCACCGCCAUCCUACUCGUCGUGAACGCGACCUUCGCUUCCAGCUCGCCCAGUGGCUGUUUUGGCUCCAUCUCCGAGCACUUCGAGGUGUCGACCGAAGUCGCAGGCCUGACAAUCACUCUCUUCCUGCUCGGCUACUGCGCUGGUCCUCUCAUCUUCGCCCCGCUAAGCGAGUUCUACGGCCGCCGCUGGAUCUUCUAUAUCACCUUCUCGCUCUAUCUCGCUUUCAAUUUCCUAUGCGCUUUCGCGCCGAACCUCGGCGCCCUGCUCGUCGGACGGUUUCUCACAGGAACAUUCGUCUCUGCACCCUUGAGCAACUCCCCAGGCGUCCUAGCAGACCUCUGGGAUCCUCUACAGCGCUCCAACGCCAUGGCCGGCUUCUCAGCAAUGGUCUACGUCGGACCCGCCCUAGGCCCCGUCAUCGCCGGCUUCCUCGAACUAGACAAAGACUGGCGAUGGAGCUUCUACGUCCUCCUCUGGCUAGGCGGCGCAACCGCUAUCCUGAUGCUGACUAUCCCCGAGACAUUCGCGCCGAUUGUUCUCUGCAACAAAGCAAAGCGCGUCCGCAAGGCUAAGAUCCCGGGAUACGAGAACGUCAAGGCGCAGGCUGAGGAUAGUGAUCGCACACUGGUGGGGAUAUAUAAGGUUGCGCUCACCCGGCCGUGGAUUAUCCUUUUCGAUCCGAUUUCGCUCUUGUGUGCGAUUUACAUGGCUGUGGUUUAUACCCUGCUCUAUAUGCUUUUCAGCAUCUACCCGAUUGUGUUCCAGGAGCGGCGCGGGUGGAACUCGGGCGUUGGGGAGCUGCCGUUAAUUGGGACUGUCGUUGGCGCUCUUAUCGGAGGCCUGGUUGUGCUGGGGGAUACACACAUUCGACAGCGCAGGAUUGAGCGCGGCGAGAAAAAGAUGGAGGAUACAGUCCCCGAGGACAGACUUACGCUUGCAAUGAUUGGCGGCGUUGGUUUUCCGGCUACCAUGUUCUGGUUUGCGUGGUCCGCUGAAUACAACUAUGUCCACUGGAUCGUCCCCACCCUCGCCGGAUGCUUCCUCUCAAGCUGCCUCCUUCUCAUCUUCGUCUCAUACCUAAACUACCUCGUCGAUUGCUAUAUAAUGUACGCCGCCUCCGCCAUCGCAGCAAACACCAUCGCCCGAUCCGCCUGCGGAGCCGCCGCGCCGCUCUUCACAAACCAGAUGUUCACGGCCAUGGGAAUUGGCGGCGGAGGGAGUCUCAUCGGCGGUGUUGCGACUGUACUUGGGAUCAUUCCGUUCUUGUUUUAUAAACAUGGGAAGCAGAUUCGGGUGCGGAGUAAGUUUGCGCCGGCGCUGGAUGUAAAGAGGAAUCAGACUACGGAUGAGGAGGCUGGUGCUGCUUCUGGGGGUAUUCAAGGUGAAAGCGAACGUCACAGUGUGUCGGAGACUACUGAAACUGCAACCUCUGAAUCGACCGUUGGUGAUGCAGAGCAUGAAGGAGGUCAAAACGCGGUGACUGGGGGGACUACCGUGGAGGGUCACGGAACUACCAAGGAGGGUACUUCCUAA